CAUCUCAGAGUGCCGAAGGCUCUGGUCCGUCCUGAUUUGCUUUUUAAAACAAAAGUUUGCCGGUGUGUUUAAAGCGGUGAAUACCGUUUGAAGGGUUAAUGGCAAAUCUGAAAAACUGUCCUCGCUGUUGGUGGGUAUGUUUUCACACAACAACGCCCCAUUAAGAGGCGUGUCUUCCGCUCAGUACAUUAUUGCUUGUCUGCUCUUCUUCAGACAUUAUUCUUGCGUGUGCCCCAGGAUGUUACGACCAGAUGAAGUGACCUCCCCCGGAACGGAUGGAGGUGGGUUCACGUUCCUCCGUUUGUGAGAGUCAGCGCCGUUUCGCAGAUCUCCCGACAACCAGCCGACCCUCCUGUAGCUCGGUCUCGUAGCAGUUGGAGAGCUGGCCCUCCUGGGGCUCAGCCGCAAGGACCCUUCCGAGAAUCAAAGUGUAUUGAAUCUGAUGAGCAACUCUGAGCAAAUGAGAGAAUGGAAGGUAAAGAGGGCAUGAGAGGAAGAACUCCAGACAAGCCAGGGACAGAGGGGAAUAGAGAAGAAGAGGGAGAUGACCGAUGAGGAUCUAAGUAGAAGAGCUCGCUCCUCCCCGCAGACGUCCGCAAGAGGAUCAUAGCCUGUCUGCGAGGGGAUGUCAGGAAGUCAGCCAUCCAUCUUUCUCAAGAGCUACAACAGGAAAAAAAUAGCUGUCCAGCAAUGUCUGUACCAGCUGAAGAAUGAAGGGAAGGUACAGAAAGUAGAUGAGAAGCACUGGACCUUGUGUGGAGAAACCGGGAACAAGGCAGCCGCAAAGUGUACCUCGCUGGUGCCUCUGAAAACCGUGGCUCGGCCUCUUGUGAGCUACAAUGGAAGUGAACUCAGCCUGCUUCAACAGGACGUUCUGAGUCGUCUGUCAAACUGGGGGUCUGUGACUGCCCUGCAGCUUGCCAAGUCCAUGGGCUAUGCGUCCAAGAAAUCGGUUAACCCUGCACUAUACGCCCUCAAGACCCGAGGCCUGGUGAAGAUUGAAGGCUCGACGUGGAGCAUCGUGGGGGAAGGAGAUUCUACAGGCAGUGGUCGGGUGAGCGAGCAGCCGAGCACACACAAGAGCAGAGCAGACCCCAGCAUCCAGGUGAACCAGUACCAUCUCUCCAUCACCCAUAACUACGGUGACCAGGUCACCAACAUUCAACAGCACGGCGUCUCUAGCAAUAACAUCACCGGUGGUGCCCAUGGGAACUGCUACAUUCAGGUGGGCUCCCAAAACACCAUGACCGGCAGAGAAGACCCCAGCCAAGGGGAAGAGGGGAAAGCCACUCCAGGUCGUUCGGAAGCUGUCGGUACUGAGGCCGAACUGGGAGGAAACUUGGAGACCGGUGGUACUGGGGACAAAGAGGGAGGAGUGUCAGGCACAGGCACUGAAUUUCACAUCGAUGUCAUGACUGACCAGCUCUCUGGUCUUCAGAUUGGGAACAGCAACCAGAUGAAGAUCUGCUGCGACCCUACGAGUGAGGAUUCUGCAAGUGAAGAUCCCUUGCAUGAGGAUACUGAGGAAUAAUGAAAACUCCAUCGGGGACAGUUUGGGGGGUGGUGUUUCAACUGCUUUGCCUGGUGUUGGAGAGCAUGGGGUCACAAAUGGAUUACAUUCCUGCUGUUUAUUCCUCCUGUAAUUCCGAGCCAGUCUUGUCCAAUCUGGCUUUCCCGAGACAUCUGGAUCAUAUCUUUUUAUCAACUGCCUUUGCUUUUCAGUCUGGUGCCCAAAGAUACUGCUUUAAAUCAAGGACACUGUGCAAAACAGAAAUUGAUGGAAAGCUCAGCAGGUCUUCCAGCAUCUGUGGAGAGAAAUCUGAGUUAAUGUUUUGGGUAACCCUUCCUCAGAGGCAAAGAGAUGGCUACAGCAUUAAGGCAAAAAAACGAACAUGUUUACUGGAGCACUUUGUGAGUUCUGUGCAAUAUUACAAUCAGCUGGAAUGGAGACAGCAGAAAUAGACACCAUUGAGCUGAUGACUUCUGGAAAAAAUGGUUUUGAAUUGUUUAUCUGUAGUUUGAAUCUGAUUAGCUGGAAUAAAUCAUCUCACUUAAAAACAGCUGCUUAGUAUGUGCCUUUUUAUCAACCUGGAUCUGAAAAAUCCUGAGAUGCUGCUUGGCCUGCUGUGUUCAUCCAGCUUCACACUUUGUUAUCUGAAAAAUCAAGGGUGUUUGGGAGACUUUGCAAAUUUCUUUCAAAAUUGAUCAGCUUUGUGAUAAGUAACCAAGAGCACUGGGAAAUCAGAAGAUCGGGAACGCUACAAAAACAAACAGGAUGACAAAGAGAGAAAUAAGGAAGGAGAGGAUCAAAUUUGAAGGUAGGCUAGCCAGUAGUAUUAGAAAUAAUAGUAAAAGUUUCUUUCAAUAACAUAAGAAACAAACGAGAGGCAAAAGUAGAUUUGGGCCGCUCCAAAUAGAUGCUGGAAGGCUAGUGAUGGGAGAUAAGGAAAUAGCUAAGGACUUAAUAAGUACUUUGCAUCAGUCUUCACGGUGGAAGACAUGAGUAGUAUGCCAACAAUUAGGGAGAGUCAGGGGACAAAGUUGAGUAUGGUAGGCAUUACAAAAGAGAAAGUGCUAGAAAAGCUAAAAGGUCUAAAAAUUGAUAAAUGUCCCGGCCCCGUUGGGCUACAUCCUAGAGUUCUGAGGGAGGUGGCUGAGGAAGUAGCGGAGGCUUUGGUCGUGAUCUUUCAAAAGUCACUAGAGUUUGGGAAAGUCCCAGAUGAUUAGAAAAUUGCUGUUGUGACCCCCUUGUUUAAGAAAAGAUCAAGGCAAAAGAUGGAAAAUUACAGGCCGAUUAGCCAAACCUCGGCUGUUGGUAAAAUUCUAGAAUCCAUUGUCAGGGAGGAGAUUUCUAAAUUCCUGGAGUGCAGGGUCAGAUUAGAACAAGUCAGCAUGGAUUUAGUAAGGGGAGGUCGUGCCUGACAAACUUGUUAGAAUUCUUUUGAAGAGGUA